AUGGGAACUCGAGCGAGCGCUGAGAAAAUGAGCAACCUUCCCUUCUCUCGGUCGGAGGUGUUUGGGGAGCUGAGGAAGGAGCUCCAUGAAGAUAAAGAGUUCGAUCAGUCCGCUCACAUCUUCAUCAUCAUGGGAGCAUCGGGGGAUCUGGCUAAGAAGAAGAUCUACCCAACUCUAUGGUGGUUGUUCAGAGACGGCCUCCUCCCCGAGCAGACCUAUUUCGUGGGCUUUGCUCGCUCUGACCUGACAGUUGAUGCCAUUCGGACUUCUUGCUUGCCAUACCUGAAGGCGACGGAUAAAGAUGCAGAGCGGUUGUCGGCCUUCUUCGGGAGGAACACGUACAUCAGUGGGAAAUAUGCUGAUGAGAGUUCCUUCUCCAAACUCGACACGCACAUCACGUCUCUUCCCGGAGGACCCGAGGCAAACCGGCUCUUCUACCUGGCGCUGCCGCCCACCGUCUACCACGAUGUCAGCAAGAACAUCAAGCACCGCUGUAUGAGCACCAAAGGGUGGACCAGGGUGAUCGUAGAGAAGCCGUUUGGACACGACCUUCAGAGCUCCGAGGAGCUGUCCACUCACCUCUCCUCGCUCUUCACUGAGGACCAAAUCUACCGUAUAGAUCACUAUCUGGGCAAGGAAAUGGUGCAGAACCUCAUGGUGCUCAGGUUUGGGAACCGAAUCUUCGGGCCGAUCUGGAACAGGGACAGCUUGGCCUGUGUUGUUCUCACCUUUAAAGAGCCGUUUGGGACUCAGGGACGAGGAGGCUACUUUGAUGAUUUUGGCAUCAUCCGUGAUGUCAUGCAGAACCACUUGCUCCAGAUGCUCUGCCUGGUGGCCAUGGAGAAACCAGCUUCCACCAGCUCUGAUGAUGUCAGGGAUGAAAAGGUGAAGGUGCUGAAGUGCAUCGCUCCGGUGGCCAUAUCUGAUGUGGUGCUGGGUCAGUAUGUGGGGAAUCCAGAGGGGGAGGGAGAUGCCAAACUGGGUUAUCUCGAUGAUCCUACAGUUCCUAAAGGAUCCACUCAGGCCACCUUCACCACUGCUGUACUUUAUGUGCACAACGAACGCUGGGAUGGUGUUCCUUUCAUCCUUCGCUGUGGAAAAGCGCUGAAUGAGAGGAAAGCUGAGGUGCGGCUGCAGUUCACAGAUGUCCCAGGGGACAUUUUUGGAAAUCGGUGUCGCAGGAAUGAGCUCGUGGUGCGUGUGCAGCCCAACGAGGCGGUCUACGCCAAGAUGAUGAGCAAGAAGCCUGGUGUCUACUUCAGCCCUGAGGAAACUGAGCUGGACCUCACCUACAAGAGUAGAUACAAGGACGUGAAGCUUCCAGACGCUUACGAGCGUCUCAUCCUGGACGUCUUCUGUGGGAGUCAGAUGCACUUUGUGCGCAGUGAUGAACUAAGGGAAGCAUGGAGGAUCUUCACACCUCUUCUUCAUCACAUAGACAGAGAGAAGCCCAAACCUAUUUCUUACAAAUAUGGAAGUCGGGGCCCAACAGAAGCAGACGACCUGGCAAAGAAAGUUGGAUUUCGCUAUGAAGGCACUUACAAAUGGGUCAACCCUCACAGGUUGUGAAUUGUGAUGAGGGAGGAGUAGAGGUAGGAUAGCAGGAGGGGGUGAGUGAGCCGUGUCAUGUUUCACUGCUGGAGUGUCUUUUUGGGGAAAGAGGAGUUUCCACUAUGUGGAUCCAUCGCUGUAGUAGAAACAAGCUAUCAUUUCUCAGGGAUGGCAAUUAUUCCUUGGAACCAGUUCAUCAGACAUUCAAAAGAUAGUGAUCUAUUUAUGCCGUCAUCAUGGGUUAUACUGCACUUCUUCAUACAUUCACAGCAACUUUCCAUGUUAUAUUUGAGAGGUGGGACCAAUUCAGUUGGAGAGGGAACAAAAGAAAUCAGUGAACUAAAAAACAAAGUUGAACAAACAUGUCUGAACUAGCUCCAUGUCUAGAUAUCAAUAGCAGAGCAACAACAAAACACUCAGCAGAGUCAUGCUCAGUCAUCUUAAGCGGUGUACCAAAGACGGUAACUGAACACAGCGGAGACGAGGAACAAGACGGAUUGUUCACCAGCUGUCACUCUUAAUAACAUUGUGAUUGUAAUACCGCUAUGCUUUGACUGCAGUUAUUAAUCACUUAGUGGAAUUUAUUUUUACACCUUGUGUACUCUUUCUGCCUCUUUAAGCUAGAUAGACAAUGUGGUUUAAAAAGGGCAAUGCGGGCACUUUUCUCUUCACAGCAUUCAUACUGGAAUAGUCUUAAGAGUCCUGAUGGACAAACCAAACGAGCUCUCUGUCUUGUUUAGUAGCCUUCUUCUGAGUGUCAUUCCCUUUCUGUUUACAUGUUUUUUAGGUUCAUUUAAGCUGCUGAUGUUUAUUCCAUAUUUCAAAAAUAUUCAGACGGCAGCGGUGUCUACUACAGGUCAACAGUGAAUGUCUAUGUAAUGACGUACUGGAUACUGCUGUUAGGUGCACAAUGUACAGCUAGCUACAUUUCCACUACUUGUAAUAAAUAAACUAGCUUUAGCUUCUCUGUAAAUGGG